UAUUAUUCUGAAAAAUCUUCUACCACACCACAAACAUGCCAACUGAAGAGAAAACUGUCACCAAAUCCUCUGAAGAGACCACUACCACCACCCCUUCCACCACGGAAACUCUCUCCUCUGAAGCCAUAGUCGAACAAGACCGUUCUGAAAAGAUACUUAAAGCUAAAGAGCUCUACAGUCAUGGUUCUCGCAAUUUUUUGGUUAAGUCGUUUGCCGAAGCUGCCGACGAAUUAAGUCAAGUUUGUGCUCUCUAUGAAGAGCUGCAUGGCGAGUUAUCCGAUGAAUUGGGUAUGCCCUAUUUGCUCUAUGCCAAAUCUCUUAUCGCUUUGGCUUUAGACGAAAACAAAGUUAUCGAUGUACCCGACGAGGAAGAAGAUGACGAUGAGGAGGAGGAAGAAGAAAAUGCUGAGGCAGCCGCAGAGGUCACAAAUGGAAAGUCGGCUACAAAUGGCACCAAAUUGGAGAGCAUAAAAGAAGAUGCAGCUGAUUCGACAGCUUCGGUAGCAGCAGCAGCAGCUGAUGAGGCCGAUAAAAAGAAGAAAGAGGAGGAAGAUAAACCAGAAAAAAUGGAAGAAGAUUCUGAAGUUACCAGUACAGAUGAUGACAAGGCCAAGGAGGCUGAGGAAGAGGAGCAAAAAGAAAAAGAGAAAAAGAAGUCCACAAAUGGCGAGGCAAAUGGUAAAGAGGAGAAGCCACAAACCUCCAUUGCCGUGGAUGAUGGUGAAAAACCAUCAACAUCGAAUGGCGAAGCAGCCGGUGAAGAGGAUGAGGAAGAUAAUGAAGCGGCCUCCAACCUGCAAUUGGCAUGGGAAAUCCUCGAAUUGGCUGCAAAAAUCUUCUCUCGCCAAGGUGAACGUGGUCUACCCAAUUUGGCUGAAGUUCAAACUGAAUUGGCCAACAUUGAGUUUGAAAAUAACAUUUUAGAAUCAGCCCGUGAUGAUUAUGAAAAAGCAUUAAUUAUUUACAAGGAUUUGCCCAGCAAUUAUCGCCGUGCAAUGGCCGAAAUACACUAUAAAAUCGGUUUGUCAUUUUUAAUGCAACAGCAAAACAAAGAAGGAGCCGCAGCUUUGAAGGAGGCCUGCAAUCUUAUUGCAGGUGAAAUUGAUGAAAUCAAGAAAUCAACAGAACUCAGCGAAAAGGAUAAAAACAAUAUACAAGAUAUGGAGGAAACUAAACAAGAAAUUGAAGCGAAAAUCAUAGAAAUUGAAGAGACACAGGCACAGAACAUUGCUGAAGUACGUGCUGCUUUAGAUAGUUACAUUAAACCACUCAGUAGUGGUGAUGUUGAUGCUGGCUCUUCGAAAUCUGCAACAGCAGCGGCAGCUGCCUCCUCGUUAACAGCAGAUGGUAUUUUGUCGUCUUCAUCGUCGUCAUCAUCAUCAGCUGCUGCUAUAACCUCGUCGUCGAAACCUACCGAUAUUUCACAUUUAAUUAAGCGUAAAAAGCCAGAAGAGCCAACUUCAGAAGCCGAAGCUGCUGUUGUCUGUUCACCGGCCAAACGUCCUGCAGUCUAAAUAUUUAGUUUUGCUUUUGUGUCUGUGUGUGUGUUUUUUUUAAAUUUUAUUAAUAUUAAUUUUCAUUUGUAUAUUGAGAGAAAAACAAUAUGUAUCUACACAAUAUGCCCAUAAAUUAACUGCAUUCCAGUUGUGUAACACAAUGAAAUAAUGGCCUGCUCCUUCUUCAUCUCCCUGUUUUAUCUCAAUAAUAAUAAUAUAGAUUUUUUUUGGUUUCAUACUUUUCCUUGUCUUUCUUUUAACACUUAUUCCUAGAAAUGUGAAAUAAUUUAAUUUAUUUCUUAUAUUUUUUUUACUGGAAAAAAGUCCGCCGCUGUUUGUUGUUAAACAACUUUUUUUAUUUUAAACAUUUUUAAUUUUUUGUAAAAAUUUACCCCUGCCCUACCUUUUACCUACCUCGUCUUUAUUAUUCAGUAAAAAAAAAUAAUUUUGUAUGGCCUAUUUGUGUUUAUUUCCUUUCUUUAAUUUACAUUGAUAUUCUUCAAUAAGUUAAUUUAAAUUGUGGAAAAAAUACAUUUUAUUUUUCAGUUUGCUACUUAAAAAAAGGGUCCUGCUUUUUAUAAUUAUAAUAAAUUAUUCAUAUAUUUUUAUUCAAGCAAAAAUAAAAAUGCAAAUUACUGCAUCAACUCAUUAAAUUGCAGUACAUACAUACAUAAAUAUUUUUACACAAAUAGUUAAUAAGCGUAUUAAAAAAAAGAAAAUAUUUAAAUAAAGAUUUUUAUUAAAAAUACUUAACAGAAA